UUCUCCCAAAUCCUCACAUCUGCCAGGAAAGGCAGGCCGUUCCCCACUCCCACAUCUGGGAUGGAUCCUGUUUGCCUGGGAGUGAGAGGUUGAAAUCUGUGGGUUCCCUGACAUGGCAUGAAGUCUUUCUGUAUGUGUUCCUCUCUGCCUGGAACUGCAUAUCUGUGUCUGCAAGUGCAAUGCAUCCCUGUACUACGUUUCUGCUCAUUACAUGGGUAUUGAUCUCCAUCCAUGAGGUUUACAGCCAGGAGGAAGAGUAUGAAUACUAUGUGGAUGUUCCAGUUGAAGAAGAGAACAAUGAUGUUUUUAAAAGUCUUGUGAAUGAGAUGAAGCCGACCUUCCAAACACUGCUGUGUCCUACAGAUUGCAAGUGCUCUCAGGAAGGGGCCGUGGUGAAUUGUGCUGGAGUAGAUCUGAGAGAGUUUCCUUCUAACCUUCCAGAUAUUAUUAUACAUCUUUCUCUACAGAACAAUCAAAUUGAAGAGAUUCCCCCAGAAGAUCUCACCAGACUUUACAAGCUGGAGACCCUCAAUCUACAAAACAACCGACUGACAUCUCGAGGGAUUCCUGAUGACCUGUUUGAGCACCUGGAAAAACUGAAUUAUUUAUACCUCGCAAACAACAAGCUGUCUCUGGCUCCCAGGUUCCUCCCAAGUUCACUGAUCAGUGCAGAUUUUGCAGCCAAUAACAUCACUAAAAUUUAUGAGAUGACAUUUGGGCAUAAACCAAAUUUACGGUCUGUUUAUCUGCAUGACAAUAAGCUGACAGAUGCUGGGAUACCAGACAACAUGUUUAACAGAUCAAACCGCGUGGAGACUCUGAUACUGUCCAGCAAUUUCCUGAAGUACGUUCCAAAGAACUUGCCCCCUGCACUAUGCAAACUGCACCUGCAGAAUAACAAACUGGAAAGUAUUCCCUCAGGAGCAUUCAGCCAUCUGACAGACCUACGUGAGCUAUAUCUGCUCAACAAUCGCCUCUCCAACGAAGGCAUGGACAAUGAAACAUUCACGAAACUAAAUAAGCUUGAAUACCUUGAUCUCUCAAGCAAUAACCUUACCAAAAUACCAAGUGGGCUGCCACGUAAUAUUGUCAUUCUUCAUUUGGAAAAAAACUCCAUCAGGUUUAUCUCUGAUAAUGUUCUUACACAGAUAAGAAACCUGGAAUAUCUUUUGCUUCACAACAACAAGCUGAGGGCCCAUGGCAUUCAUCCUGGAGCUUUUGUAGGCCUUAAGAAGCUGCACACAGUGCACGUGUACAACAACCUUCUCGAGAAGGUCCCACCAGGUCUCCCACGCAGGGUGAAGACACUGAUGCUCCUCCACAACCAGAUCUCCAGCAUUUCCAAAAAUGACUUUGCUACUACAUAUUUGCUUGAGGAUCUAAAUUUGAGCUACAACAAAAUAAUGAGUGGUAAUGUUCACAAGGAAGCCUUCCGUAAACUAAGGCUGCUCAAGACCCUGGAACUAUCAGGAAACAACUUGAAGUCAGUACCCUAUGGACUUCCAAAAAAUCUGGAGAUCCUGAGGUUGAAGGACAAUGACAUCAGCUCAAUCCCUCAAGACAGUCUUACUGGAAUGAUAAAACUAAAAGAAUUCUAUCUGAGCAACAAUAAACUAAAGUUAAGCUCUUUUUAUUCUGGAGCUUGGGCAGAACUGAGCAGUCUUCAGAUACUUGAUCUGUCAGGAAACCAGUUAUCCUAUAUACCAUCUGACUUGCCUGAGACCCUGGAGUAUUUGUACCUUCAGAGUAACAAGAUCAUCACAGUUGAUGACAGUGCCUUUGAAUCCACUCCAAACAUAAAGGGGAUCUUUCUCAGGUUUAAUUUGCUCACAGCUGGGUCAGUAAAGGAAGGAGCUUUUGAAGGACUGGAAAAACUACAAGUACUGGACAUUGAGAACAACCUGACCAAAGCCUCAAGGAAAAAGGAAAAAGACACUAAACAAAGUGAAGAGGAAGAGGAGGAGGAACUGGAAUAGAAACCAUAGACAACUAGAUUUUUUCAUUGUUGAAGAAUACUUAGGAUACAUCGGACAGUUUACAACUCAUUCUCUGAGGAGGACAAGCUUGAUAAUCCUAAUGUUCGUGCCUUUUUUCAUCUAACCUGCACACUUCAAUAGACAUUGGAUCUCAAACCAAUAGCUUCCCAUUCUGCUGAACUAAGACCUCAGCAUUCUUUGACAUUGAAGGACUAUUGGAGUUCAAAGUGAGUUUAACUCAGAAACAGGCAGAGAGCCACUGAUUGGCGAAAUGUACUCUUACUGUUAAGCUCUGACAGUAUAAUGGAUAGAACAGGCCUAUGUUGGUCUACAUGGACUACACAAAAGCUGGCUUUUGUCUUGUAUUUUAGAAUCUAUUUUAUGUAACAGAUUUAAGCUUUUAGAUAAGCAAAAUCUUAAUCUAAGCCUUAUAUUUCUUCAUUUUUUAACCUUGUAAGCUGCUAAUUUCUAUAAUACUAUGUUGUCUUCAAAACUAUCGAAAAGAAAGACUAAAUGAAAUUACUUUGUCAGUUUGUUAUACUUUACUGUUGAUACUGACUAACAAAGUCAGACAUCUGUAAAGAUAUCCCAGUAAAAAUGUUUGCCCUGUC